CGGCUUCCUCCCCACGCCCGAGCCUCCUGCGCACAGCCGGGAGGACGUAAGCCCGAGCCUAGUCCCCACGCCGCGGCGCGCGGGCUGCCUGCCCAGCCGAGAACAAUCAACCAUGACGACCGAAUCUGGCUCAGACUCGGAAUCCAAGCCGGAGCAGGAGGCCGAGCCCCAGGAGGCGGCGGGGGCGCAGGGGCACGCAGGGGCGCCGCAGGGGCCAGGGCCCGAACCCGGCAGCGAGGAGCAGCACCAGGCCCUAGAGCAGUUCCAGGCUGCGGCACACAGCACCCCCGUGAGGAAGGAGGUCACUGACAAGGAACGGGAGUUCGCUGCCGGGGCUGCGAAACAGCUCGAGUAUCAGCAACUGGAAGACGAUAAACUUUCUCAGAAGUCAUCUAGCAGUAAGCUAUCUCGAUCUCCAUUAAAGAUUGUCAAAAAGCCUAAAAGCAUGCAGUGCAAAGUGAUACUUCUAGAUGGGUCAGAAUACAACUGUGACGUGGAGAAACGCUCCAGAGGCCAGGUGCUGUUUGAUAAAGUAUGUGAACAUCUGAAUUUGCUAGAAAAAGACUAUUUUGGGCUUACGUAUCGAGAUGCUGAAAACCAGAAGAAUUGGCUGGACCCUGCUAAGGAAAUAAAAAAACAGAUUCGAAGUGGUGCUUGGCACUUUUCAUUUAAUGUGAAAUUUUACCCACCAGACCCCGCCCAGCUAUCCGAAGAUAUCACCAGGUACUACCUCUGCCUACAACUGCGAGACGAUAUCGUGUCCGGAAGGCUGCCCUGCUCCUUUGUCACCCUGGCCCUGCUGGGCUCCUACACCGUCCAGUCCGAACUUGGAGACUACGACCCAGAUGAAUGUGGGAACGAUUACAUCAGUGAGUUCCGCUUUGCGCCAAACCACACGAAGGAACUGGAAGACAAAGUGAUCGAGCUGCACAAGAGCCACAGAGGAAUGACGCCAGCAGAAGCAGAGAUGCAUUUCUUGGAAAAUGCCAAAAAACUGUCCAUGUAUGGAGUUGAUUUACAUCAUGCCAAGGAUUCUGAAGGAGUAGAAAUUAUGUUAGGAGUUUGUGCGAGUGGUCUGUUGAUAUAUCGUGACCGCCUGAGGAUCAACAGAUUUGCCUGGCCUAAGGUUCUAAAAAUUUCAUACAAACGGAACAACUUUUACAUUAAGAUCCGGCCGGGAGAGUUUGAACAAUUUGAAAGCACCAUUGGGUUUAAGCUGCCAAACCAUCGAGCUGCCAAGCGUUUGUGGAAAGUGUGUGUUGAACACCAUACAUUUUUCAGACUGUUGUUACCAGAAGCACCUCCAAAGAAGUUCCUGACCUUGGGCUCCAAGUUUCGUUACAGCGGCAGGACACAAGCCCAAACAAGGAGAGCCAGUGCGUUGAUAGACCGCCCCGCCCCUUACUUCGAACGCUCGUCCAGCAAACGCUAUACCAUGUCUCGCAGUUUGGAUGGAGCGUCAGUGAAUGAAAACCAUGAAAUAUACAUGAAGGAUUCUGUGUCUGCUGCAGAGGUUGGUACUGGCCAGUACGCCACAACAAAGGGCAUCUCUCAGACCAACUUGAUCACCACUGUGACUCCCGAGAAAAAGACCGAGGAGGAACGGGAUGAGGAAGAGGACAGACGGAAAAAGGCGGAAGAAGUCACGCCGGUCGCGGCAGUACGGCCCGAGGGAAAGUCACCUGGGCUUGGCACUGACUCAUGUCCCCUGUCCCCCCCAUCAGCCCAUCGUCCCCCCACAUCCCCCCCAAAACUCCGAAGGAGGUAUAAGGAGAAUGAGCGCCAAGCCCCGGACUUGGAGGCUGCCAGAGGCACUGGGUGUGUGCUCGGAGAGCCCACCAUGGACUCUGACCCCAAAGGGAAGCCGUCCUUAGGGGACCAAGAUGUGGCUUUUAGCUACAAACAGCAAACUGGCAAAGGGACCACCCUGUUUUCCUUCUCCUUGCAGCUCCCGGAGUCAUUCCCAUCUCUUCUCGAUGACGAUGGGUACCUCUCUUUCCCCAACCUGUCGGAAACCAACCUCCUCCCCCAGAGCCUGCAGCAUUACCUCCCGAUCCGCUCGCCCUCCCUUGUGCCCUGUUUCCUCUUCAUCUUUUUCUUUCUGCUCUCCGCCUCCUUCUCAGUGCCAUAUGCCCUCACUCUCUCCUUCCCUCUGGCUAUGUGCCUCUGCUACCUGGAGCCCAAGGCGGCCUCCUUGAGUGCCUCACUAGACAAUGACCCGAGUGACAGUUCAGAGGAAGAGACCGACAGUGAGCGCACAGACACCGCGGCCGAUGGGGAGACCACCGCCACUGAGUCGGACCAGGAGGAAGAUGCAGAGCUCAAGGCACAGGAGCUAGAUAAAACUCAAGAUGACCUGAUGAAACAUCAAACCAAUAUUAGUGAGCUGAAAAGAACCUUUUUAGAAACCUCCACAGACACUGCCAUCACGAAUGAAUGGGAAAAGAGGCUUUCUACCUCCCCCGUGCGACUAGCCGCCAGGCAGGAGGACGCGCCCAUGAUCGAACCGCUGGUCCCUGAAGAGACUAAACAGUCUUCUGCUGAAAAGCUCAUGGAUGGCUCUGAAAUCUUCAGUUUAUUAGAGUCUGCAAGAAAACCAACAGAAUUCAUAGGAGGGGUCACUUCUACUUCUCAAAGCUGGGUUCAGAAAACGGAAACCAAGACGGGGUCCAGCAAGACCGAGACGGAAACAAGCCAGCACCCCGAGCCACUUAGCACCGAGAAGGUUGUGCAGGAAACUGUGUUGGUGGAGGAAAGAAAUGUGAUGAAUGUGCAUGCAAGUGGGGAUGCUUCUUACGCAGCUGGAGAUGACGUGGAUGCUGCAGCCCAGGCAGCAUCUGCCGACGCUUCUAGCUUGAAAGGGAAGGAGGGCUCUGCUCUGAUGGAGGGAGCUAAGGAGGAGAAGGGGAAGGUGGCCGAUAAAGCUGUCCUCGAACAGGAAGAGACGGCCACUGCCUCCCGGGAGCCAGAGGAGCAGCAGAGUGCAACAAUCCACGUUUCUGAAACUUGGGAACAAAAACCUCAUUUUGAGUCAUCAACUGUGAAGACAGAAACCAUCAGCUUUGGCAGUGUUUCACCAGGAAGCACAAAGCUAGAAAUUUCUACCAAGGAGGUGCCGGUUGUUCACACAGAAACAAAAACCAUCACGUAUGAGUCAUCACAGGUCGAUGCCAGCGCUGAUUUGGAGCCGGGCGUGCUUAUGAGCGCACAGACCAUCACAUCUGAAACCACCAGCACCACGACCACCACCCACAUCACCAAAACUGUGAAAGGAGGCAUUUCAGAGACAAGAAUUGAGAAGCGGAUAGUCAUCACAGGAGAUGCAGACAUUGACCAUGACCAGGCGCUGGCUCAGGCAAUUAAAGAGGCCAAAGAGCAGCACCCUGACAUGUCAGUGACCAAAGUAGUGGUCCAUAAAGAGACAGAGAUCACACCGGAAGAUGGAGAGGAUUGACCUCAGGAAUAAUUUAGCCUGCACAUGAAUCCAGUCAUGCAAACCGUUAGGAAAACCAGAGCCUAAAUGGAGUUCCCUCUUCUAACCCUACUGACUUGUAUCUGCCCAUGGAAAAUUUCAAUCCAGAAGAACUGACCUUGACCAUUAAUAAAGA